CGUUAUUGAUGUAUUACCUAUUUGAACACUUCACUUGACUUCUUUACAAUGUUUUCAAAAAUCUUUCUCAAUUGUUUCAGUUUGACCGCGUUGACAGCAAGAAACAUGUUCUUCAUUUAUCGGACGACGUUAAGAUUUAAAACAGACCUUGUAUUAAACCGCAGAUAGGAGUGACAAGAAUGGUCUUCCACAAUAGAUAAUAAUCUAUAAUAAAUCUUUUGUAACAGCGCCAUUUUACAUAACUAACAUCGAGCGAUUCCAAACUACUCUCCAUUUCUUUACAAAUAAGUCUUGCAUAUAACAACAAAGUACAAUAUAUAUAUUACUUAAUUUAGUAAACUUGAGCUUUAAGCGCUAGUUACAUUCAUAUCCUACGACAAUACAUUUAGAUUUAAUAGAGAAAAUAUUACUUCAUAACCAUAUCAGAUAUUCAGCUGCCUUAAUAAAAUAUUUAUAGAAACAAUAGUAUUAGAAGUGCCAAAGUUUACUUGGAAAAAUGUCUCACGGUGGUGUGAAGAGUAACAAGAAUGGAAACGCGCAGACGGUGGAGUCGCCGACGAGGGAGGGUCUGGACAGUCCAACUCCUCCACCGGACGGCGGAUGGGGAUGGAUGGUAGUCUUUGCCUCGUUCAUGGUCCACAUUGUCACCGAUGGCCUGACCUAUUCGUUCGGUAUAUUCUAUGCGGAAUUCCUGACCUACUUUGAAGAGGGCAAAGGCAAGACUGCUUUGAUCGUCUCCAUCCUUGUAGGUGUCACGCUGAGCGCAGGUCCAGUGUCGAGCUCAUUCGUAAACCGUUGGGGAUGUCAGCGUGUAACAGUGGCGGGGGCCCUGUUAGCUUCGGUGUGCGUCAUUGUAUCAGCGUUCGCUACAAAUAUACUCACACUUAUAUUCACCAUCGGCAUCGGCGCCGGCUUUGGCUUCGGUCUCAUCUACCUACCUGCCAUUGUCAGCGUCACUGUCUGGUUUGAACGAUACAGGAGCUUAGCCACUGGAAUUGCAGUAUGCGGAUCAGGGUUAGGAACCUUCCUUUUUGCACCACUUACAUCUGCGUUAGUCGCAGAAUACGGCUGGAGAGGAGCGAUGACUAUCAUCGGUGCUUUAGUCCUAAACUGUGUACCAUUGGGGCUUAUGUUUCGACCUGUACCUGAGCGUCCGAUAACGCCAACCACGGAACGAAUGCUUGUUAAUCCGAAUAAUACUCCUUUAAAAAGAUCGCAAAGUACAGAGCAUGUUAUUCGUGCGAACGGGAAAAUUGAAGAGCGUGAUACGGCAAGACUAACGUUAUCUCAACCUGCACUGAACAAGCAACAGGAAAAACACAACUUCGUCAGAUCGCAUUCCCGUCACGGAAGUGGCAUAAUGCAAAGGCCAGAUGUUCUUUAUCAAGGGAGCAUGACUAGCAUAGCAAAGUUCAGAGCACCUUCCCCAGAUAGAAUCACAAUAGCAAAAGAGGAAAAAGAAACGAGAUGUGGAUGGCUACCAUGCUCAGCGGAAUCAAAAGCCGCAUUAUCAGAAAUGCUCGAUCUUUCGCUACUAGUAGACCCUAUAUUUAUAUUAUUUUCGUUAUCUAAUUUCUUAACUAGUAUAGGCUUCUACAUUCCAUACAUAUACACAGUGCCUAUGAGCGAAAAGUUGGAAGUAACAAACUCGGCCUAUUUGAUAUCUAUAAUAGGAGGUGCGAAUUUAAUUGGGAGGAUAAUUCUAGGUUUCAUCAGUGACAAACCAUGGGUGAACCGUUUGCUUGCUUACAAUAUGUGUCUUACAAUUGCAGGCAUAAGUACAGCUAUGGCGACGUUUUGUUGGGAAUUCUGGGGCCUAGCGAUGUACGCGACGGUAUUUGGCUUCACUAUCGGCGCAUACGUGGGUCUUACUUCCGUGGUGCUGGUAGAUCUGCUGGGAUUGGAGAAGCUGACCAAUGCUUUCGGGCUGUUGUUGCUUUUCCAAGGCAUUGCUUCCCUCAUCGGACCUCCAUUUGCUGGUUGGCUGUAUGACGCGUUAAGCUCAUACGCACCAGCAUUCUACGUCGCCGGCGUCACUAUAUCUUUGAGCGGUCUCAUCCUCUUUUUCAUCCCCAUCAUCGAGCGACGGAAUAGGCGUCGAUGGAACACGGAAACCGCCCUCGAGAAUAUAUAGCACCAACCGAACGAGGGAGGGACCGAUCAUCUAAUAAGUGGGUCCAAUCUCGUCAGAAGUGGGACCAAUAGGAAUGGUACUAACACCGCUCAGGGGUUCAACCCGAUCAAUGCGAGGUCCAACCCGCUAAUAAUACUGAACAGUCCCUCCACGCCUUCUGAGACUAACAGGGUAUACAUAUAUAACAGUUCUGAUGAUUAUGACUCUUUAGAUGAAUACGAGAGUCAUCAAACUCAUUCCAGACAGUAGGUGAAGUGACAGUGAUAAUGAAGGUGCAAUAUUCUGUUUAUUUUCUAUAGAGCCGACGUCUUACCUAAUAAACUGCUAUAUCAAAUUUAGAAUUAAGCAUGUGUUUAGUUUCAUUUGUAAAUUGUUUUUACGACUGUAAUUAUAGUUUCAACUACGCAUUUCUUUUGUAUUAGUGAAUAAUUAUUCAUUCACUCGCAAGUUUCAUUUAGUUCUAAGUUUUCGUGUCUUACAGGUAUAAACAUUUAUACACGCAAGCUCCUGUAACAUAAAAAUCAUCAUAGUAAACGAAAUAUAUAUCUAUUUUUUUUAAAGUAAAAACAUGUAUUAAUCCUUCAACAUUUAUUGAGAUUUAAUAAAAUUCAUCGAUUAAAAAUAAUUAAUAGCUAACUACAUACUAAUUUCAAAUAAAAUUGUUCAUGAUGUUUCAAAUGUUCUUUCGUAAAUUACUUAAGAUUGAAUUCCUUUAAAUUCAAGUUAUAUAAGUAAUUAUUAUUAUCAGUUUUACCAUAAAAUAAUUUUAUAUAACUAUUUCAUUAACAACAUACACUAUUAUUAUAAGAUAUCUAAAUUUAUUCUUAUUAUAUAAUAUUCUAAAAUAUACAGGCAACAGCACAGCAAGCUACACAAAGCUAUUAGGUUCAGCUUUGAACUGCAAAAAUUUUAUAUGUAACUUGGUGCGCUGCUGUGUAUCCAAACUAAACAUUUAUGAAUUUCUUUAAUAUGACGGCCUUAAUACGGACCAAUCGUGGGUAGAAUGGUUCCAAUAAGUACCAGAUGCAUAAUCUGUCUCAUGUGAUCGUAGAAGUAGAUACUUAUAUAUGAUAUUACAUUAGUUAAUUAAUAAUUUUUAAUAAUGUUUUUUAUCUGCAAAAGUCCUACUAACGUCUAUAGUUCAUCGGAAGCAAUGCCUGGUUUACAUUUGCUUUUUUUAUUUUUUAUUUAUGUAAAAAUAUUACAUUUAAUACCAUGCCAAAAAUCAGGUUUUAUAUAACAUUUGUAAAUAUAAAUGGCAUUGUU